UGGAACUUCCCUAAGAAACAUAUAUAUCCCUUUAUCUCCCUUCACCUCCUCUCAUUUUGUUUCCACCACUGCUAAUACCUUUGUUGCCGGCCAUCCCUCUCUCCGGCGCCGGCCAAAGGAAGGCAAAAGCAACUUCAAUUCCCUGCCGAAUACGAUAAAAAUGAUCUCACUUACUCCCUAUCUUUCUCUCCCCACCACAAGCGCCUUCACUUCGAAAGCCAAGAAGCUCUCGAUCUCUCCCAAACCGGCGACGUCGCCAGUUUGUUGUUCUUAUUCGAGAUAUGGAUUGAAGCUGAGUGGGAGGAAGGGUUACUGUGAAAUUACUAAAAGUACUAGAGGAGGGUUGUUUGUAUUUGCCUGUUCGACGACGCCGUAUGUCCGGAGAGUUGGGUCGCGGAGACUUUCGUUUGGGAGUAACGCAGGUGGUGGCGCUACCCAAGUAUCUAAGAAGGUUGAUUUGUCUCAGGUUUUGUCAGCAAUGCUUCCUUUUGUUGUCGCUAUUACCGCUGUUGCUGCUCUUGUUCAACCUUCCACUUUCACCUGGGUAUCUAAGGACUUGUAUGCUCCUGCACUUGGUGGGAUCAUGUUGUCCAUUGGAAUUAGACUUUCAUUUGAUGAUUUCACACUUGCAUUCAAAAGACCUUUACCGCUAUCUGUUGGAUUUAUUGCACAGUAUUUGCUCAAACCGGCACUUGGGGUUUUAGUUGCAAAGGCAUUUUGUUUGUCUCCGACAUUCUAUGCAGGAUUUAUCCUCACAUCUUGUGUUGCAGGGGCUCAACUGUCUAGCUAUGCUAGCUUUUUGAGCAAAGGAGAUGUGGCAGUGAGUAUACUUCUCACUGGCUUUACCACCAUUGCAUCAGUGAUAGUCACCCCUCUUUUAACCGGCCUUCUCAUAGGGUCUGUCGUUCCGGUUGAUGCUGUUGCUAUGUCGAAGUCGAUUUUACAGGUUGUUCUUGUUCCUAUCACUAUUGGGCUUGUGCUCAAUACCUAUGCAAAACCAGUCGUCACUAUCCUUCAACCUGUGAUGCCCUUUGUUGCUAUGAUCUGUACUUCCUUGUGCAUUGGUAGCCCUCUUGCAUUGAAUAGGAGUCAAAUUUUAUCUAAAGAGGGUCUUCAGUUGGUUCUUCCUGUUUUGACAUUUCAUGCUGUGGCAUUUGCUGUGGGAUAUUGGAUCUCAAAAGUUCCUGCUUUCAGACAAAGAGAAGAAGUUAGUCGGACGGUUUCAUUGUGCACUGGAAUGCAAAGCUCCACCAUGGCAGGUCUCCUUGCAACCCAGUUUCUCGGGAGCAGUAGUCAAGCAGUUCCACCUGCAUGCUCUGUCGUCGCCAUGGCUAUUAUGGGUCUUUCUCUUGCCUCUUUCUGGGGCAAUGGUUUCCGUAUUAGAGACCUACCAUCUCAACUCAUCCCUCACACUGGCUCUGCUUUCCAGGCUCAAUGAAAUAAACACAUUGGACAUCUUAGAGGAAUGAAUCAAGUUAGCUUUAAUAUUCAGAGAGAGAGAGAGAUGGUCAUGUUUUUUAACCGAUCCUCACAUGAACAUGUUCCUCCUCACAAUAAAACAGCAGUGGCAGUCGAGCACAAGUUUGUCAAAAGUGAAGAUGCUGUACAGUACCGAAAUCAGAGCAGAGAAAAAUGACUGUACCUAGGGGGUUCAGUUAUUAUAGUUUGAAAAAGUGCUUUCUCGAGCUUCACCUGAAAGUCUCUAACAUAUGUAUACUGUAGAUAAAGAUGCAUAUAUAUAACAAAAGAUCGUUAGAUGUGCAUUCUGUUGCUCUUAGGUUUUACUUAGUAAGGUGGGAAAAAAAUUAGAAAGAUGAAAAAAUAGAAAGAAAGAUGCAUAUGAAUAACAAAAUAUAGUUAGAUAUGCUUUCAUUUUUCUUCUCAAUCAAGUACAUUCAGAAUUUAUUUCCUUUUA